GAGCGUUUUGAAGAGGAAGCGUUUGGCGAAGGGCUCCUGGCGGCGGUGCGCGUGGGCGGCGUUUCCCCGUUUGUCCCUUCCGCAGGAAGCGAGGGGGUCGUGACAGUGGUGCGAGGUGGAGGAGCUAGGGUGGCAAAACACAAAAGAACCUCAGGAUGUCUGUAGUUCAGCGAGGGACGGCAACACUUCGUAAAGCAAAGAAAAUCACUGUAAAAACAUGUCUAGAUAACCCCUUUGUUUUUCAGUGGAAAACCAUAGAUGGAGAAGAUAUGCAUUUUAUACUAGAGACCUUAGAAGAAAGGAUUAAACAUAUUGGACUUAAAAAGAUUGAGACUCCAAGAAAGAAAAAACGUUCCCUUACAAAAACACAAAUGGAAAGAAAGUGUGAUGCUAGCACCAGUGAACUCCCUAAAGAAGAGGAAACAGAAGGCCAUCAACAAAAACCAGGAUGGACUGACAUAAGUAUCAGAAGACAGCUUGCUAUUGGAGUUAAUGAAGUUACAAAAGCAUUGGAAAAAAACGACCUUCUUCUCUUGCUGGUGUGCAAGUCUGCAAAACCUGCCAUGAUCACAUCCCAUCUUAUUCAGCUGAGCGCAAGUCGAGCCACACCAGCAGGCCAGGUUCCCCGUCUCAGUGAAACAGUUGCACCACUUCUUGGCUUAACAUCCACUUUAGCACUAGGCUUCAAAAAGCAGUCUGAUAAAUUUACCGAAGCAAUCGAAGCAAUAAUUCCAAAGAUACCAGCUUUGGAAGUGCCGUGGUUUCAGUACAGAACUGAAGAAUCUGUGGCUUAUGCACAUACAGAUUCUUCAGAAAAUCAGGAACCUGAGCAGCUUGCAGAGGCGCUGGGGGAUGAGCUCACAAGCCAGAAGCGGAAGCGUACGGAAAGCAAUCAGCUCGAUCUUUCAAAUGUAACUUUGCAGCCUUUGAAAAUCAAGAAACUUGUUCCAAAUCCAAAUAAGAUAAAGAAACCACCUCGCAAAAAGAAAAAAGCUUUUUCAGCAUAACUAAUUUUAGUUUAGUCUUCAUAUUAAAUGAUUUUUUUUUUUAAUGCAUUAUGGAGUACAGCUCUAACUGAAGUAUUUUGUUGGGCUUUACAGUGUAAAGCACUUGAAUACAAGGUAAACUUUGUGUUGCACUCAGCUGAGGUACUUUCUGCUCUAAUAAAGAAUAUUGCUCAA